AUGGACCCAGUGGCCACCUCCCUGGCCAAUGGGCUGCCCCGCCCGCAGUGCCGCGUCCUGGGAGCCUAUCUGCGCCACAGCAACCGCCGCUACCUGUUGAGGUGCGGCACGGCCGGCCAACACGCCACAGAGCGAAGGCCCGCCCUUUCACACCGUCCUGGACGCCGCAUGGCUCCACAUCGCCGCGAAAUUGUUUCGCCGGGACCGUCCUGGCUCAUUUUCGGCAAGCCUUUGGGCUUGGUGCACUCUGCCGGUGGCGGUCUGAGGAGACGCAAAAGAUGCGUCCGGAGCCAAAUGGGUCCUGAUGAGGGCGUUGCGUCUUCCGUGGCGAAGGCGCAGAGCGAGGCGGAGAGGAUCUACAGGGAGCAAUGGCCGGUAAUGGGGGUCGACAAUGAAGCUGACUGCCCCGAAGCGUUCCUCAAUGAGGAGCCCAUGGGCCAGCGCGGUGAGCCCAAAAUGCUGCCGGAAGAGUCUGGGGGUGCCCCUGGGCAGAGGUACCGCUCCUUUCAGAUGAAAAGCUGCGAAUUUCUGGUGGCAGAAUCUGAUGAUGGGCUGUUGCAGCUGUGUGACACUUACAUGUGGGAUCCUGCCACGGAAAAAUACUCCCGGCCCGACAUGGAGGGAACCAUCCCCGAUGAGUACAGACAGUACAGAGUUUUGGAAUGGCAGUUAUAUGACUUUGGCGACGUGAUGAAGGAGGAAGACCCAGACCACAAGACGCUCAGCGUCUACCUGGUGCGGGAGCUGUCCUUGCAGCCCUAUGCGGUAGAUAUGUUCGACGUGUACAAGUUGGAUGGAGAGGCAGGAAAGCUCGUGAAGGAGGUGGUGAAAGACAAGGCGGGGCCUGAUGCCACAGAUCCAGUGCUGCGGAUACGGCCUGAGGGAUUAACUGUUGAGGACAAUGAUAAGAUGCCCACCCAUGACCAGAUAAUCAUAACAGAGGGGCUGCUGGAGAUGUUGAAAGAGCACAGCUCACUAUUGGAGGAUGAGAACGUAAUGGAUGAGAGGUGGCAGCAGGACACGGAAGAAGAGGAAGAAUUUGAUAUGGAUGAGUUCCCAGAUGUGCCCGAGGUGGACCUUGCUUGA